AUGCGAGAUUUGUUUUAUUCUGUCCAGACUGGCUCCGACGAUGCAGCGAGACAAAAGACCUCCGACGAUGUUGAUUUCGCGUCGACUUUCUCUGAACCCCACAACAAUCGCUCCAGACAAGCCAUUCCGGCAAAAAGUCGAACUAGUAAGCCUCCCUCCUCCCGACACCAACGACCCAACCACCUUGCCUGCUCCUGGAACCCAAGUGACCACACUGAGGACUCGGUCACCUCUGAGUAUGAACAGAGUGAGGAUCUAGCACAACGUCGUGAGAACAAAACACCGAGUAGGCGGUUUCACACGUGCAUUCGUGGAGCUGCAUCUGCUGUCGACCUUCGGCGAAGUCUUUAUAGAGCCUCCACAGGAUGUCUCAAACAUCGUGGAAAGUCAAUGGAGACUUUGCCGGACAACACACCGUUGGAUGUUCAAUUGCUGUACAAACUCCAAAACGAAUUGUAUGAUCUUCACGAUCGUCUGCAGUAUGCUGAAAACGCAAACACCUCAAGGUUGGAAGAAGCCAUUCGACAUAUCGGCGUGUUGGAGAGUGAAUUGAGGAGGAGUCGAGAACAACGCAACAGUCCGGAGGAGAAGAGAUGGCAAAAUGUGAGUCCAUCAGAAUGGCACCUUUGGGUAACUUAA